UUUUCAGAUUCCGACAAAAAAUUAUCGGAUCCAUCACAAAGUGAGCCCCGGGACCUCACUUUUGGUCAGCCACAUACUUCUCAAAUGACGUCAAAUGAAGAUGUGAGCAGUAGACACGUGACAAAGGUGAAAAAGAGCACAGUCAGUGAUGCCACGUCAUCAACAAGUGGCGGAAGUAAAUCAAAAACGGGUCGAUCGCCACGAAAAUCAAUAUCAUUUGCUUCAUCGAAAUUCUGGCUCCGACUGGUUAGACCAUGGAAAUGGAGAAAUUUAAGACGAAAAGUGCGAAGAAGUGACAGCGAGCGUUCAUCAUCUCAAAAUCGUGCAAAUUCGGUUUCAAAUUUUCCAAGAACUUCUCCUUCAUUACCAGAAUUGUCUUCAAUUGUGAGAGAAGAUUCGGCUGAAAUGAAAGCGAGUGGAAGUAAUGACAACUCAGAAGCGAUCACCUAUCGACCAGCGACCUCCUCCGCAUCAACCAAUCACGCUGAAAAUUCGGAGCCCCAACCACUGAUUGUUGAUCCAACACACAUUUCAAUCGUUCGAACAAAAAUUCAAGAUCCCUCCCCGGAUCCAUCAGGAGCAUCUUCAGAAAUUCAACGUGUUCAAUUUAUUCAAUCAACUUCAACUGCAAAUCCAGCAAUUUUCACAGCUCCACCACCACCACCAUCUCUAGUUAUUCAACCACCACCACCUGGUGAUAGAGAUUCAGAUGAGGAGAAUAUAAAUUACGAUCAAAGUACAGAAAGUGAAGGAGAAGAAGAUAUGAAUCGAUCAGCUGAUAGACGAGGUGAACUAAGUCCUCAAACAUCACGAAUGCUUAAAGAAGGAUAUCGAAGAAUUGAAGCGAAAGAACCAAAUUUCACUGCACAACCUGAUAAGCCUAAUCUGAGAAGACCUGGUCAACCAUCAAGAUUAAGGCUUAAUGGUAAAACAGGAAAAAGUUCAAAGGAAGAUACUGAAUUGCCAUCAAAACUCACUGAUGACAGUGAUAGUGAUGCUCCUAUACAAUAUCGUGAUGAUCCCAUAUCAGUAGCUGCAGCUGCUGCUCGUCGAGCUGCAAAUGUUGCACCACCUGGAUCUUCAACUGAUGAGGAUGAUGACGAAGAGGAGGAUGUACCAAUUCCUAGAAAUGGUCUUGCCUCAAAAGUAGCCCGUCGUGAUACAAUGGCUCUGAAACUGGAUGCUCCACCGUGCAAAAAUGAUAUAAAUGGACAAACUGCAGAUGAUCGAAAGAAAUUAAUGAAGACGGCGUCAAUCAAAUUGGCCCGUAUUUUCAGAAAACUAAGCGAACGUCCAACUCCUGAAGAAUUAGAAGAUAGAAAUAUAUUGCGUCGGCGUGGAAUGACGUCUUCCGAAGCAAUGGAAGAAAAAAGAAAAUUGUUGUUGAGAAAGCUAAGCUUCCGACCUACAAUAAAAGAACUAAAAGAACAGCAAAUAAUUCAAUUCGCGGAUUAUGUUGAAGUUACACAAGCGGAAGUUUAUGACCGUAAAACGGAUAAACCAUGGACCCGUCUGACACCUUCAGAUAAAGCAAUGAUUCGAAAAGAAUUAAAUGAUUUUAAAGCUACUGAAAUGGAUGUUCAUGAGGAAAGCCGCGUGUUCACAAGAUUCCACCGGUGAUACACGAUUGAAAUUAGUAAAUUUACAUGCACAAAUACUACACUUCAUUCGGGACACAUAUUUUCUUUCAUUUUCUUUUCCCAUUCUUCUUUCUUCAAUUUUCCCCUAAUUUCUUGUUUAAAUAAUUAAUACUAUUGAAAAGUAUCAAAAAAAAUCUCUCUCCCUUCCCCUCAUUCGAAAUUCUCUGGGAUUUAUAUAUAUUUUGUUUGUCUUGCUCUAAUCUCGAUAAUUCUCUGAAAAUAUUUCAGUUCAAUCCCCCCAACACCCCAUUUUGAAAUUGAUUUUCUCAAAAUCAUGUGAAAACACACAUAGAUCACUUACCAGUUUCUAGCCGGUUGACCCAAGUCUUCUAUUGCUAUUAAUCUAUCGAGAAUUCGUUUUUUGUACCAUACUAAACGCUUCUGAUUGUAAUGCUUCUUAAAUCAACAAACGUCCGUAAAAUGGAAGAAAAUCUUUUUUUGGCA